AUCGAACAGUGCACAGAGCGCCGUUGGGCUGGCAGGUCGCGAAGAAUAGAAUAACGGACGGAACAAAGUUUUGGGGGAACAAAAUUCAAUUCAAUUCGAUUACGAUUGCGAUUACGAUUACGGUUUUAUUGAUAUAACAACAGCGACGACGACGACAACGGCUUCACCAUGGGCGAUAUGUUCCGCAGUGAGCAAAUGUCCCUGUGCCAGUUGUUCAUACAACCGGACGCAGCGUAUGCCACCAUUGCCGAACUGGGCGAAAGCGGUUGUGUCCAGUUCCGGGAUCUCAACGAGCAAGUCAACGCCUUUCAGCGCAAAUAUGUGAACGAAGUGCGACGCUGCGAUGACAUGGAGCGAAGACUGCGCUACGUGGAGAAUGAGUUGCGCAAGGAUGACAUUAAAAUGCCCGAACUGCCGCCCGAACAGGAACCACCAGCACCGAAUCAACGUGAAAUCGUCGACCUGGAGGCGCAACUGGAGAAAACCGACAACGAGUUGCGUGAAAUGUCGGCAAACGGCGCCAGUUUGAAUGCCAACUUCAGGCACAUGCAUGAGCUGAAGAGUGUGCUGGAGAACACGCAGGGUUUCUUCUCCGACCACGAGGCCAUGAAUUUGGAUUCCAAUCGCAUCAUCGAUCCCAAUGAUCCCAGUCAAGCUAGUGCCCAGCGUGGUCAGCUCGCCUUUGUGGCCGGUGUCAUUAAGUUGGAGCGUUUCUUCAGCUUUGAGCGCAUGUUGUGGCGCAUCUCGCGUGGCAACAUCUUCUUGCGACGCAAUGAUAUUAGCGGAUUGGUUGAUGACGAUGAAACCGGCCGUCCUGUGCUCAAGACUGUGUUCGUAGCCUUCUUCCAGGGCGAACAGCUGAAGCAACGUAUUAAGAAAGUCUGCACUGGGUAUCACGCCGAUGUCUAUCCCUGUCCCAGCUCGCACUCGGAGCGUGUCGAGAUGAUUCGCGAUGUCAACACACGUCUGGAGGAUCUGAAAAUGGUGCUCAAUCAAAGUGCCGAUCAUCGCAGUCGUGUACUCGCCUCGGCGGCCAAGCAUUUGGCCAGCUGGACUAUAAUGGUCAAGAAAAUGAAGGCCAUCUAUCACAUACUCAACUAUUUCAAUCCCGAUGUAACCGGCAAGUGUCUAAUUGGCGAGGGUUGGGUGCCCAACAAGGAUUUGCCAACAGUGCAGCAGGCAUUGGUACGUGGCUCCAAGCUCUCGGACAGUAGCAUUCCGGCCUUUAUGAAUGUCAUUGCGACUAAGGAGCAACCGCCAACCUAUACGAGAACCAACAAGUUUACCAAUGGCUUCCAAAACCUGAUUGACGCCUAUGGCUUGGCCUCGUAUCGUGAGGUGAACCCAGGACUAUAUACUACAAUCACGUUUCCAUUUCUGUUCGCUGUCAUGUUUGGUGAUAUGGGACAUGGACUUAUUCUAGUGGCAUUCGCUUCGUGGCUCAUUAUCAUGGAGAAGAAAUUGGCUGCCAACAAAGAGGAAAUCUUCAACAUAUUCUUCGGUGGUCGCUACAUUAUUCUACUCAUGGGUCUGUUCUCUUUGUACACGGGCUUGAUCUACAACGAUGUCUUCUCCAAGUCAAUGAAUAUAUUCGGCUCCGGUUGGCAGAAUACGUACAACACUUCAACGGUCACCGAUGAGACCCUCGACUCUUUGACAAUGCGGCCAAGAAUAAACAACUUUAAGACAUAUCCACUCGGCAUGGAUCCCGUUUGGCAGAUGGCCGACAACAAAAUCAUCUUUCUGAACACCUUCAAGAUGAAACUGUCGAUUAUAUUUGGUGUAGCUCACAUGUUGUUUGGCAUUUGCAUGUCGGUGGUGAACUUUAUCCAUUAUCGCAAAUAUGCCAGCAUUUUCUUGGAAUUCUUGCCACAAGUUGUUUUUCUGCUGCUGCUUUUCGGUUACAUGGUCUUUAUGAUGUUCUACAAAUGGGUCGUCUACAAUGAUGACACCGAUCAGCAAGACCUUUCGCCCGGCUGUGCACCGUCUAUACUCAUUCUGUUCAUCAACAUGAUGCUCUUUGGCCACCAGGAGCCACUCGAUGGCUGCAAGGAAUACAUGUUCGAGGGUCAGGACACCAUCCAACAGAUCUUUGUGGUCAUCGCACUCAUCUGCAUACCUAUAAUGCUGGUGGGCAAGCCAUUGUACAUCAUUGCAAAGCGACCCAAACAUUUGCCAGCACCAAAUCAUGCUCCACCUGCACAAGCUGCAGGCGGAGGCGGAGGUGGUCAUGGUGGUCAUGGCGGUGAGGAUGAGACUACAGGCGAGUUGUUCAUCCAGCAGGCCAUUCACACCAUCGAGUAUGUGCUGAGCACAGUCUCCCACACAGCAUCCUAUUUGCGUCUCUGGGCUUUGUCCUUGGCUCAUGCGCAAUUGUCGGAAGUCUUGUGGAGCAUGGUCUUCUCUCAAGCCUUCAUUAUCGAGGGCUACGUGGGCUGCAUUGUUGUCUUCAUCAUCUUUGGAGCCUGGGCUGGCCUCACAGUUGGCAUUCUGGUUCUUAUUGAGGGUCUUUCGGCCUUUUUGCACACAUUGCGCUUGCAUUGGGUCGAGUUCAUGAGCAAGUUCUAUGAGGGCGCUGGUUACGCCUUUGAGCCAUUCUCCUUUAAGGCCAUACUCGAGGAUUCCGGUGAGAACUAGGGCGCAGGACGCACAAUCUAUCUACGAUGAGUUACCAAAUCAUUUGCAAAAAUGUUUGUUGCUUUUCUUUUUGGAUAAUAAAUUCGUUUUUCAUAUGCA